AUGGCCGACCGUUACUCUUUCUCCCUGACGACGUUCUCGCCCAGCGGCAAGCUGGUUCAGAUCGAAUAUGCUCUGAACGCCGUCAAUCAGGGUGUCACCGCCCUCGCCACCAACGGUAUCGUCCUUGCGACCGAGAAGAAGUCAUCAUCGCCCCUUGCCGACCCUAGCUCGCUGUCCAAGAUCAGUCUCGUCACCCCCGACAUCGGUAUGGUGUACUCAGGCAUGGGUCCCGACUACAGAAUAUUGGUGGACAAGGCUCGCAAGGUAUCGCACACGGGCUAUAAGCGCAUCUACAACGAAUACCCGCCUACGCGGAUAUUGGUGCAGGAUGUUGCCCGUGUCAUGCAGGAGGCUACUCAGUCUGGUGGUGUCCGACCUUACGGCGUCAGCUUGCUGAUUGCUGGCUGGGAUGAGGGUAUUUUGCCUGAGGACGAGACCGAGACCAAGGAAGGCGAGGAGAAGAAGCCCACAGGCAAGACCGGAGGUACUCUGAAGGGUGGACCCAUGCUGUACCAGGUCGAUCCCUCUGGCAGUUACUUCCCGUGGAAGGCGACGGCGAUUGGCAAGAGCGCUACGUCUGCGAAGACGUUCCUGGAGAAGAGAUACACGGAGGGCUUGGAGCUUGAGGACGCCGUGCACAUUGCGUUGCUCACACUCAAGGAGACCAUCGAGGGAGAGAUGAAUGGAGAUACCAUUGAGAUUGGCAUCAUCGGACCUCCGGCAGACCACCUGCUCGGUAUCGAGGGUGUUGAGGGUGCCAAGGGCCCUCGCUUCAGAAAGCUCAGCCCUCAGGAGAUUGAGGACUAUCUUACGAACUUAUACGUUGCAUAUGUGAUUGGGCAUCUUGAUAGACUGGCCACGACUGGCGAGUUCUCUUCGCAGGGAAAGAUGCAAGCUGUCACCACCGUUGCCCCGGACUGCAGAUAUUGGCAACAGCUGCAAGAUGGCCACUACCGAAGUAAAAAAAGAAUCGCUGGCGACAGUCGGCCGCCUCUGGCAGCCAGUUCAUUGGCUUACCGCGAUCUGAAACCGCCCGCCAGUUACUGUGCCGCAACAACCUACAUAAUGACACUUUCGUGCGGUGGUCUACUGUUGUCUAGACUGGUUGAGGAGAAGCACAGCAUUGCGACUCAACCAAGCAAGUCAAAGCAGACUUCAACGGAGAACCUUCAAUUUCUAGGACUUCUGCGGAUCAAGAGUUCAAACAAGAGUAUUGCAUUAGAGACGCAGGCCCGAAUGACCCAGUUUUUGCUGCACUUCGCCACCGUGCUCUCAAUUGAAGAGCAGGGUAGCAUUCAAAGACUGGAGUUGAGGUUGCAAGCCAGAUCGACUCCAAUAGAGACACAGACUGGCAAUCCAGGACCCCAGGAGGCAGCAGACUCUCAAGUUAACGCCUGGUCCACGAUCCGAAGCCGAUGCCGCGUUGCUUUCAUAAGCAAAGAUGUUCCUCUAGCUGCAUGUACAAUGCUGGAUACCGAUAAAUUCGGCAUCGGCCCCGGUUGGAUUAGUCUCACACUCAAGCCGGGCAAAUCGGGGCUGCCAUACGGAGCAAAACUUCGACUUCUCGAAAUCAGAACGGGGGUACCCGAGGCCCAAGGCUGUCGUUCGUUCCAUCGCCUUCUCUUGAUCCCUGUUUCUCAGUUCAAAAGUUCACUCUACAAGCGCCACAAUGAUUCUUUUGGUACGAUGCGUAACUGCGUUGCGAAGUGGUAUACGUCCUCCGCAGAUGUGGGCCGCUGGCCUCCUGCAGAGUCCCUGAACUCAACAGAACCGACCUGUUGCAGUGCGUGUUGGCUUGCGAGUGCAAAUAUGGAUAGCAUGCCACGACUACGUGUUGCCUCGAGGUCUCAAUUUUCCUCCCUACUCAUGUGCAACGAGAAAAGAAGCAAACAAGCGGCAACAUGUUCCCGAACGCCCUCCAGGCACCCACUACGACGUGAUUCUUGGCAGGGACCCCAACCUCUCAUAGACUUUUCUGCCUUCACUACGGCAUCAUCGCCAAAUCCAGGCAAGUUCUACGUGUUCGAAUACACGGAGGUUGUAUCCGCAGACGCACCAGAGUUCUGUGCAUCGAGCCCCAUGAGUCCUGGUCCCCGCGUCACACGAACUUUUGUCAUUGUACUCCGGUACUUUGAGCGUGCUGGUGUACCUGUUCUUGGCUUACUUGGAUUCUCCCGAAGUACCGCGCUUCCCAGGACCGUGGUCAGGACCCUAGGACUGGGUCCUCAGGUCCACGCUAGAACCAUACAAACAAUGACUGGCCAUUCACCAUCAUCUUCCGGCGAGGGUGCAGAUCCUGUGCAAGAUGAUGUACCUCCCAAUGUGCCGGUCCUGGGGCCUCAUAACCAGGAGGCACUCUCAACAGCCGCCGAGGAGUUGAUCCUGAACAAUGAGGCCUCUUCGCCUCUAGCUGAGCCAGCCUCAGGCAACUCGGUCAUCAUGAAUGCGAGGGCCUACCAGUCCGAAAUGCUUGUCGAGAGCAUGCGGCAAAACGUUAUUGUUGCUAUGGACACAGGUAGUGGCAAAACACAAGUAGCUGAAUUGGAGAGAACGACGUCCGAAAAGAUUGUCUGGUUUCUAGCUCCCACGGUAUCGCUUUGUAGCCAACAGUUCGAAGUUCUCAAAACCCAGAUACCAGAGGUUCAGAUAAAGUUCCUCAGUGGCGACGAUAACGUGGACUCAUGGUCCGACCAGCAAACUUGGGAUGCGGUUCUUCUCAAUGUGCGCGUGGUUGUGUCGACAUACCAAAUCCUGUUGGACGCGAUGUCGCACGCAUUCGUGCCUAUUUCCAGGCUAUCUCUGAUAGUCUUUGACGAAGCUCAUAAUUGCAUCGGGAAGUCUCCGGGAAGCAAAAUCAUGUCACUCUUCUACCAUGAAGAACAACGGAAAGGCCUCCCUACUCCCCAUAUCCUGGGUCUAACAGCAAGCCCGACUUUUGGCUCCAAAGUCGAAAGCAUCAAUACCCUCGAGGCCACGCUGGACGCUGUUUGCAAGAGCCCGACGAUGCACCGAGACGACCUUCUUGCUGCUGUCAACAAGCCAGAGCUAGCAUCCGUAAUCUUUCAAAAUCGAAACGAAUACGAUAUUCCCAACAGCUUGCGAAGCUUGAGAAUGGCUAUACAAUCUCUCGAUAUCUCGGAAGAUCCCUUCAUUCGACACUUACAAGCGGAGGGAACAGAUCGCAGUCAGCGUGAACUCAUUGCGGUUCUCAAGAGUCACGACACGUACAUCCAGAACCAAAUGACUUCUUUUGGCCGGCAAGCGAAUCAGAUAUUCAACGAACUUGGACCUUGGGCUGCAGAGUAUUAUGUCUGGGAAGUGAUCUCAAGGUUCAGAGCCGCAGUCAAGGCCCAAAGCGUCUGGCUUGACACAUGGAAGGAUGAAGAGAAACAAUACCUCGUCAACGUUCUCAGUCAAGUCGAUUGCCAAUGUCCAUCGAAAGAGACCAUCAGCCGUGCUGUCCUGUCGGAUAAGGUGUUCGUUGUCAUUGAACAAUUGCUACAGUAUAAACCUGACACCAUUGGCAUCAUAUUCGCCAGAGAAAGAGCAACUGUUGCGGUCCUAUGUCAUCUGCUAACAUCGCAUGGCUUGCUACGAGAGCGAUAUCGUAUCGGGGCCAUGAUGGGCACAUCGCAGUUUCAAGCCAAGAAGAAAGAUAUAUGGGACCUUUCUCGAGUGGAAGAUCAGCGGUCACUGCACCAAUUCCGAUCCGGGAGGAGCAAUCUUUUGGUUGCCACCAGUGUACUAGAAGAAGGCAUCGAUGUGCCGGCCUGCAACUUGGUUGUCUGUUUCGAUACCCCACCGAACCUCAAGUCGUUCAUCCAACGCCGCGGACGGGCCCGAAAGAAGCAGUCCAAGCUUCUCAUGCUACUUGACAGCUCGAAUCCACUGGGGAAAGAGUGGGAGACCCUGGAGGCGGAGAUGAAGGCCCAGUACGAAGAACAAGAGAGAGAAUUGGAACAUCUACAAGAGAUCGAGCAGGCUGAGGAGCCAAAGGAGAUGAUCUUCAAAAUCGAACAAACAGGGGCUGUUCUGGAUCUUGAUAACGCAAAGCAGCAUCUCGACCAUAUUUGCCGGAUACUUUCCCCGGGAGAGUUCAUCGACUGGCGGCCAGACUACAUCAUCGACAAGACGGACACAAAAGGCGCGCCGGACUUGCGGGCCACUGUUCACCUGCCGAGCUACUUACCGGCCUCGGUCCGCAGCUCUGAGAGUCAGUUGGCUUGGAAAUCAGAGCAAAAUGCUACGAAAGACGCUGCGUUUCAAGCCUAUCGCAAUCUGCACAAGGCUGGACUUGUGAACGACAACUUGCUGCCUUUCAAGCCGGAGGACUUCGUACCCGGAAUAGACAAAAGAGCUGCUAUCCUGCAGAUCAACGGUUUACUCAAUGCCUGGAUAGGAGUCGCCAAGGCCUGGAAAGUUGGCGACAAUUUGCGGGCAACUCGGAUCCUACUCAAGGAUUCGGACGGUGUUAUCCAGGGAGAGUACGACAUGGUCAUCCCCGUAUGGGUCCCUGGGUUGCAGACGAUACCCAUUCAUCUGGACUACAACGUCACCUGGUCAAUUGAGUUUGGACAUCAGCUUCCCAUUGACAAGCUCACCGGCAAUGAUGACACAGCUGUACUUCUUGCUCUGCCGUACGGUCACCGGUGGGUUUCGGCGGAUCUCCAGCAGAUUGUGAGGUUCAGUGCAGUUGGUGCUGGAGAUAUGUCCGUCGAUCAAAUCGGCGUCAAAGGUUUUGUCCCAGGGGCGAUGUCAGACUACGAUCUGACCUGUUUCAUUCGCGACCAGACUGGUUCCCCAUAUCUGUACGACAAUGUCAUCCCCCGCAAGCCGGCACCCGAAACUGUACAGAAAAUGUUUUACGAAUUCGAAAAGGCCCCAGAGGAUGAACCUUACCUGGCUCUCAAGAAGUGGUCCCGUAGGUCGGACUUCCUUCAUCGGCCACAGAGCGAUCCCAGUCACGGCCCAGCUACCAUCAAGCCGUAUAAUCGAGUCUACCCCAUGUCGUGGGCAAAGGUGGACAACAUCCCUGCCAAGUAUGCCCAGUUCGGCGUGCUUAUACCAUCAAUCUUGCACCGUAUCGAGACGUACCUGGUGGCGCGAGAGUUGUCUAUGGGCGUGCUGAGGCCACUCGCCAUCUCUGACCCGUCUCUGGUAGUCACAGCCAUCAGCGCGGGAAGCGCGUGUGAACCUACAAAUUACGAACGCAUCGAGUUUCUAGGCGACUCUAUUCUCAAGUUCUCCGCCACAAUCAAUGUGGCCGCUCUGAACCCGGACUGGCCAGAACGGCUCCUGUCGUUUAAGAAAGACGCCAUCGUCGCAAAUUCGACCCUCUGCAAGGCGGCCAUCAAGCACGGUCUCGACAGAUUCAUCCUCACCAAGCCCUUCACGGGACAGAAGUGGCGGCCAAUCUACGUGGAGGACGUGCUCCAGCACGGCGAGGAGCCUACCACGAGGAAAAUAUCCACCAAAACGCUCGCAGAUAUCGUCGAAGCACUGAUCGGGGCCUCGAUGAUUGACGGCGGUCUCCCUAAAGCACUAAAGUGCAUGUCUAUCUUUCUCCAACAGAUCAAAUGGAAGACCCUAGACGACUGCAGACAGGCCCUUUACGACGUCGCUCCCUCUGGCGUGCAACUCCUGUCUACCCUUGAGCCCUUGGAGCAGCUCAUAGGCUACGAGUUUAAAAAGAAGGCCCUGCUGAUCCAGUCCAUGACCCAUGCCUCCUUCAGCCUCGGCAACACCCUGGGCUGUCUGGAACGUCUCGAGUUCAUCGGCGACUCCGUCCUCGACUACAUCAUCGUCAACCGCCUCUUCUCCAUCGAACCUCCUCUCCCACAUCAGACGAUGCAUCUCCUCAAGACAGCAAUGGUCAACGGCGACUUUCUCGGCUUCCUUGCUCUAGAGCAAGCAGUCAUCCAGGACGAGGUCGUCAUAACAGGGACCGACGGCGGCAACAAGAGACCCGAGCUGCAACACACGCGCUUCGCGCUGCCCCUGUGGAAGUUUAUGCGCCACCAAUCCCCCGCCAUUGGCCUCGAGCAGCUCAACGUCACGAAACGGCACGCCGCGCUCAGGGACGAGAUGGUCGAGGCGAUGGAGCGCGGCACGACGUACCCCUGGGCCCUCAUGGCGCGCAUGCAGCUGCGCAAGUUCUACUCUGAUAUAUUCGAGUCCCUUCUCGGCGCCGUGUACGUCGACUCCGGGGACCUGGACGUCUGCGCUGGUGUCGUGGGGCGGUUUGGGAUCUUGGCGUACCUUGAUCGCAUUUUAAGAGACGGCGUGCAUGUGUUGCAUCCCAAGGAGGAGUUGGGUCAUUUGGCGGACAAUAAGACUGUGACGUACGUUUUGGACGUGCAGGAUGUCGAAGAUGGUGAGAAGCGGUUCUCGUGCAAGGUCAUGGUUGGCGAGCGGUGCGUUGUCGAGGUUGACGGUGGGAUUUCUAGAGACGAGGUCAAGGUUAAAGCCGCGGAGGCGGCGGUAAGAAUACUCAAGGCGGAGAAGUCUGCAGCAAAACAAGAGAGCAUGGACGUUCAGGAAGAUGAAGAUGUGGUCAUGGGAUAA